AUAGUUGUGGACGGUCCGUUUUGGGUGUGUGUGUGUGUUCAAUAAUAAAGAACCAAAACUAUCAUGCAGUGUGAGUGAUCAGCCAAUCACGAGGGUAGACACGUACGGUACGUUUCCUAAUCCUCGACAGGCCUUUUCAUUCUAGAAGAGAGCGUCAAGCGAAGACGGUGUGUGUGGCGUGGAGUCAAAAACUGUCACUGCCGGUACCUGUGUUGGAUAGUUGCGUGCGCUUAACACGUAAACGGGUCAAAAUCGAAGGAAUAUUACACGAGACCCAGACUAAUAUUUUCUACCGGUGUUACACAUUUACACACCGUCGAGCUGUAUACUGUUCUCUUGUAUGUUGUAAUUUUAUUUUUGCUGGUGUUUGAUGACAACAUAUAACUUGUCAUUGAGAAAUUAUCAAUUAAUUAGCGUUGAUUUUGUUGAUAUUGCCCAAGAAACAGAAUAAUUGAACCAUGCCUAUUUAUAGAUGUUUUACCAGAUGGAAUAUUUUGCUAGUAGGCCUCUUCCUAGUCAUGGCUGUUGCCGGGAAGAACGCCGGGAAAGGCCGCCACAUCCCACUCAAAGCCGAGAAGAAUCCUCCCCAUUCCAGAGGAAUAACAGGUUGUAGUUUUGGUGGUAAAGUAUACGACAUUGAUACAAGUUGGCAUCCAAAUCUCGGCGAGCCAUUUUUUGAGAUGAUUUGUGUGAACUGCCGAUGUAUUGCGGUUGUUGUAAAUGGAACAUUGAAAGGGAAAGUAUUUUGUGAAGACAUCAAGAACAAGUGUCCGGACACAGAAUGUGAAAACGGCGAAGAUCCAGUCCAGCAACCCGGGGACUGUUGCAAGAGUUGUCCUAGUGAUGCACAAAUGCGGAAUCAGGGAGAGCCUGUGGAGAGAGAUCAUCAGCUGGAUGAACGAUCAGAUGAAGAUGUUGCCUUAACUGAGUCAAAUCAAGGAUACAAUUUUGUUGCAUUGUUAACGGGUACAUCGUUAGCUAUUAGGACAAAUUCUGUAGCCAGGGCAACAUUUAUGCUGUUGGAUGACACUUUGAGAUUCACGAUCACCUACGAACGAAUGCAAAGACCCGUUUUAAUACGCUUCACAAACGCCCUAAACGACACGGUAUUCGAGCAUGAUUUACAUGGAAGCGAUCUCGACAAUAAGGUUUGUGGCGUUUGGCGAAGAAUUACCGGAAUAUACCAAACAUACCUGCACACAAAGUCACUAUUCGUCACCUUGGUAACCAAGUCAAACGAAAAUGGAUUGGUUAGAGGGCGAAUUUUAAGUCACCGCGCGCUUACUGAUGAAACAUUUAGUGCACUCAUGAGCACUAAACGGACACGAAAAGGAAUAGCAGUGGCAUCCCCGAUGGGUUAUGGUGGAAUUAUGAUGAUGAACGCAGCACAUGAUGGCAGAACUAUCAACUUCGCUAUUUUGAUGGACGGACUCCUUGAAAACUCCGGCCAUGUCAAGACAACCACACUCAUCAUCGAACUACGCAAGCGCAAUGAUGUAAUCAAAGACCUGAAGACAACAGUUGGAAUGGACAAUGUUGAGAUAGUUGGGGUCUGGAAUGGCAUGUCCAAUCAGCAUCAGAAGUGGCUUGCUCGCGGAAAUUUGAACAUCAGGAUACGGGAUGAGAAUGCUGAAUUCCCAGAACUCAGUGGCCAAGUAACACCUCGACAGUCAUGCGACACUUUUCAGUCUGUUCUUUCUGGUGGCGAAGCGAUUGAUCGACCAAAAGUAACCGGAGCUAGCGGUUCAGCUGUGUUGCACAUUGACAACGAAGGCAACAUCAACUACCGGGUUCAAGUUACGGGAUUACAAACGGACGUCAUAGGACUGACUUUGGAAGGCCAAGUUCGACGAAACCGUCGAAAGGUCAUCGCUGAUCUAUUUGGAAAUUAUGAAAAUGGUGUGUCUAUAGGAACGUAUUCUAAGCCAAAUGUCAAGGAACUCCAGCUUCUCUUACAAAACAAUCUUUUCAUCAAUGUUGCAACUGAAGCCUAUGAAAAGUCUGAAUUACGAGGUCGAAUCACCGCAUUACCCUAUCGAGGACACAUCACAAGACAUUCUGGCCUACCGAUUCCGUUGUCUGGAAAGAAUUUGGACCCACCACAAGUCACCGGGGCAGCGGGCCAGGCGUGGCUUUCUCUUGACAGAGAGUGUGCACUACAUUAUGAAGUUACCACUAUAGGUUUGAACACCGGCAGCAAUGGAAAAAACCAUGCUUAUGCAAAAUUAGUGAUGUACGACGAGAACGAAGAACCAGUCUAUAAACUCCUGAGCGCUUUUCAAAAUGGCGUGGCUGUCGGGACAGCUGAUGAUGUUAGCGAAGACUUCCUGAUUAAAAUGAACGAAGGGACAGCAUACCUAUUGAUAACAACCAAACAGCACCAGAACGGCGAAAUAAGAGGACAGAUUUUGCUACCCAACAGUUGCAGUGGAAACCCUAGCAAUACGAUUGAUCUAACAGAGGGUGUUAUUGGUGUUAGUCCUGAGACGGAUCCAAAAUCGUGUCAGUUUGAGGAUAAAUGGCGGGCUGAUGGUUCAUUUUGGUCACCUGAUUAUGAUCGCACUUGCAGCACCUGCACAUGUCGGAAGAAAACAGUGAUCUGCGAUCGUGUUGUAUGUCCAGUUUUAUCAUGUGAAUCGCCAGAAACACGAGUCGAUGAAUGCUGCCCUGUAUGUCCACCACCAGAACUAGAUUCUUCAACUCAAUCGCCUGGUAUAAUUUCUGAUAACACAGCGGAAAAUUCUUGUUACUUUGAAGGCGACAAAAAACACCAUUCUGUUGGUAGUUCAUGGCAUCCUUACGUGCCGCCAUUUGGAUACGUGCUUUGUGCCAUAUGCACAUGUGAGUCAGAUUUAUCUGUAAAUUGUACGAGAAUGAAGUGUCCGCCUCUCGACUGUGAACGUCCAAUUAGACUCGACCCAGAAGAUUGUUGCCAGGUAUGUCCACCCACUACUCCCGAACCGAAGGCUACUACAUCGGCUCUUAUACUUGCUGACGAAGUUGUACGAGGAUGUUCUUUCGGAGAAAUGCUUUAUAGACACGGGGACGAGUGGAACCCUCUUGUUUACCCAAUUGGUGUCAUGCCGUGUGUAACCUGUCGCUGCAAGAAUGGUCAGCCGCAGUGCCGUAAAAUCGAAUGCGAUCCUCUGAUUGGCUGCAAAAAGAAGAAAAAGAAGGGAAGUGGGGAUUGCUGCGGAGUGUGCCUAGAUCCAGUAAGCACGACGACACCCUCUGGUGGCGGAUCAAAUUCAAGUAGAAAGUCGCGCUCAAAAAAUCGACGAUCUAGUAAAUAAGUAGUAUAUAUCAUAGAGGUUCAACGGUAACCAAAAGAGGAAAUUACGUUAUCCCGACCAAGUGCGAUUAAUAUAUAGACUUCUGCGUCGCCUAGAAACAACUUAAACACCUAACUAGUUGUGGUGACACGAGAUAAUGACGCCAUGUUGGGUGAACAGGCUAUCAGUUGUAAGAGCUUUUAAGUCCAUCACUUGUAGUAAAACUCCCUCAUAUUGCGCCAUACUUAUCGUUUAUUGAUUAUGAGAAAUAAAUAGUAGGGCUAUCUAUAGUUGUGGCAGUGACCGUUCUAUAUGAAAAUUGCUUUCCAAAAACGCAUAAUAUGUGCUUUGCUCUUGGCGCAUGCCGACGGUUCAGUACCAAGUGGCUGUUGCGCAACAUGGAAUAGUACUGAAUGAAACCCCUUGUUCAUAGUAGUAUUAACCCCGUGUAUUAAAUUUUACAGGUUAGAUUACCUGUGAAAUGUGUCCGCUUAGUAAAUUUUAUGGUUUGUUUUACGUGAUAGAAACAAAUACAUACGUCACUACUUCAUUUCCAAUCUAAAAGGUGCCACUGUAACAUAAAACUGUAACAAUAGUUUAUGCGAGAAGCAAACGGGAUCCUGUUAUGAAAGUGAGGAAUAUUAUAAAAUAAUACAUUAUGGUUUUAUUUCCGUAUUAGGCCUACUUACUUAUGUAGCUAAUCCGUCCUUAUUUAAAUUUAAGUAUUGUACAUAUUUCUCACGUCUAAUGGACAGGGUGAGUAAGGGUUGGUUUAUAAUCAACUCAAUAAGUAAUAAGUAAUAAAGAAAUUCCCCUGAAGUGUUAUUAUAUAAUAAUUAUGAUAUAAAUAUGUCCUAUUUUAAGUUACUCGUCUAGAUUAUUAUCAGAUAGAUAAUUGGGAUGAAAAGUAAUCAUUUUUUUUUUCUAAGGGCAGAAUGUUUCUGAAGUGCAAUUCGUGAAAACAUCACGUGACCAAUACCUAAUUUGAACUUCCCAGUCUGAUGUAGACACUUGUAUUCGAUACAGAUGUCUCUGACCAUUUCUACAUAUUUAUUUUGUAUUUUUUUAUAUAUACGCAUAUAUUUAAACUGAGUUGAUAUGUAUUGAAAUUGCGCCAUCAGCGUCAGAAAAUAUAUAUUCUACCACGUGACUGAAUACUGAGAAUAAUGCUAGAAUAUUAAACAAUGAAUUUAUUUGAAUUUGUUAAAGUAAAAGUAACAAUUAUCAUUUAUUCAUAUUUAUUAUAAAAUCUCUCUAUUCUGAAAUACAAUAAUAUUCAAAAUUCCUUGAGCCUAACUUAAUGUAUAAUUAUGUUAGCAAUUAUUUGACUUAGUGUCAGCAAUGUCAAUCGUGUGAAUUCCUGUAUAUGUUAAAUAGAGAUUAUUAAUUUGUUUUUGGUGUAAAAUAGCUAUUUUAAUCUAUUUGUAUAUUGCUUUACGACGGACACUGUUAUCCACGUGUGUUUGCCUGCCGACUUUUCUUGAUUUUCAAUCAUUCCCAAGAUAUAUUCCCGUAGUUUAGUAAUUCCAUUGCAGAUACCACUGAAAUAUGAACACAUUAAUCAAGACUACGUCAUCCCCAUUAAGCAUUAUAUUUCGUUUUUGGUAAAAUUAUCCGAAUGCCAUAACGCAUUCCUUUUCAAUAAGACAGGCCAACAUUAAUUAUCUAGUCUACAUUGCUUAUAGCAGUUGUUACCAAAAACUGGAUGCAAUAUAUUGUGCGUUAAUGUUUCUGAAAAGAUUUCAAUCCACUGUAUCAUGCCAUUUAAUGUUGAAACAUCUGUACCUAAAAAUUAUAGUGGUUUUGUACAACGUAAGUUCCAGAAUAGAAUAAGGCAUUGUGUUUCGAUAGCAACACGUUACCAUAAUCCACAGUGUAAUGCAUUUACACUUGUGUACAGUUAUCAAUUAUUCACAAUAUAUUGAGAUCGGACAGCCGUAAUGGUUCAUAGGCCUAUUAUAAAUCGGAUCGGCUUUAGCUUACCAACACCCUUAAAUCUUAAUAAUGUAAAAUGUAGUAUAUUAGGCACUAUAGCACGUUUUUUCUGCAUAUUUUGACUUUCCGAUGAAACUAUCGUGUAAAGUUGUAAAAGGCAGUUGGACAACAUUUAAAUUACAGUACACAACUAAAUUUGCAUUAAUAUGGAAUUCUCGUCACCAAUAUAUUCUACAGUUGUCGGUUGUGCAACAUGUAUUUGUUUAGAAACUAUGCGUACAGAAUCCCCAUCAUUAUACUGAGAAACGAUAGAGAAUGAAGUAGUCAUAGGGAACAUGAAUGAGUGGAAGUGGGGAGCGGCAACAGCAAAGGAAUUGAAAAUAUAAGAUUGUAUAUUGUGUAAUGCUAUUUACUAUUUGCUGCUGCUUGUAAGAAAUUUUGUAAAAGAAACAAUAAAGUGUUUUGUCGUAAUAAAAAAAUAAAAAACACCAUUAAAUCUUAAAA